AUGGGUUCCAGUAGUGGUACUCAUGAAAGUGGUGGGGGACAGACACCCACAAAGACGGUUGGUUUGGGGUCUGGUGCAGGUGGGAGCAGUCACCAAGUAUGGAGUGUGAUGGUAGGUGGUGGUGGUGGUGGACAGCGAGAAUCAUCCACUCGAACAGUUACAGUGAAUUCUGGUGGUGGAUCUCAUCAGUCUAGCGGAGCAGGCUUCAGUGGUCGUAAUAAUGGUCGUCUGGGAGGAAUUGGAGGUGAGAGAAUUAUUGAAUCAGAUGGAUGGAGUUCGUCAGUUACGACAGGGAGCGGAGCAGCAGGCUCUCAUAAAGAAACAGAAGAUUCUGCUGGUCGCCACGAUGUCCGUGUUGAACAUGAUAUGUCUGAGAAUAAAACAAGUGUCGGAGGAGGAGAGUUUGGUAGCAGCCAUAAUCCGGGUACUUUGAGUGAAAAUCAUGAAAGUCAUGUGACCAUUACAAGUGAGGAUGGUAUGUUAAGUGGAGAAGGAUCAACAAAAACAGAAGUUGUAGAUGCCAAGGUUGUUACUAAUGGUGACAAGGAUGGUAACUUUACUUCCUCUGUUCACAACUCAACAAGAAUUACUGUAACAGAUUCAGAUACAAAUAAAACAAGUCGACCUAUACAAAAAUAUUGGAAAUAUCACAAAAAGCUUUCAUCAUAUCGCUUUAAAAAAUUUAAAAAUCGCAAGCGUCCGUAUGGUUCAACUUUUUCAUCUGAAGUCUACUUAAACAAAUUCAAAAAACCUUCAAGAUAUAAAUACAGAUAUAAUAAUGAUCUUGAUGAUACGGACAAACAAGAUGAUGAUUUCACUGAUACCACAGUGGAUUUUAAUGAUUCCACAGAUAUUUUCGAAGAGUAACUGCGAUAAAGGAGGCCCAGUGUUAUUCUUCUUUUAGACGGAUUGUCUUUGCUAAGUAAUGGAGACAAUUAAAUUUAAAUACAUUCUACUAACGUAAACAUGGUAAUGCCAUAUUAAUAACUAACUUCAGAGUGUUCAUAAAAUACUUAAUUUUAACAUUGUCACAAUGUGUUAUGAAACAUUUACGA